AUGUCUAAGUUGGUUGUCCUUGUUUUUCUAAGUUGGACUGAUGGUCUUUUCUCUCUGUGUAAGGAGAAGAUGGCACCAAGGCGUCCUCCUCCUUCACCACCUCAGCCUAAGCCUUCAGAGUCGACAAGGAUGCUAGAGGUUGUACUUCAGGCGAUGCAGCAACAGAAUGCUGCAUUGGGCCACUCCAGGCUCUUCUUCUUCUGCAAUUCCAGUCCAAGAGUGGAGCUUGGAAAGCUUCCUCCAACAUCAUCCAACCAGGUUCAAUGGGAAGUGCAACCAGAUGAAGUCAAUCAUUGGUUUAGGGACAUAGAGAUAAUAUACACUUUCAAGAGGUGUCCAGACGAGAACAAACUGGCAUAUACUGAAUAUUUGUUGACUGAGGAAGCUGGCCACUGGUUGAGCAACAUGAAAAUGAUCCUGGAAAGGAGCGUGGGUCCUAUUAGUUGGGAGUUAUUCAAGACAAAGUUUUACACUAAAUACUUUCCCGACAGUGUGAGUUUUUAUGAGGAGAUUGAAUUUCUCCAAUUAGUUCAGGGGAGUAUGUUAAUUAUUGAGUAUGUUGAUCGGUUUAAGCACUUACCCUGGUUUUACACAUUGGCUAUAGAUGAAGAGUGGCAGUGCAGGAAGUUUGAAAAUGGUUUGAGGGGAGAUAUCGAGCUGUUAGUGAAGGGACUACGCAUUCAGGAGCUUCCUACUUUGGUGGAGAUGGCCUGUGUGAUGGAGAAGACCAAGAAAGAAGUUGAAGGGCAGUAG